AUGAAACAUCACGGCGUUGAUCCUGGUCUGUACACUUCCAACAUUUUGAUCAACGCAUUUCGCCAUUUGGAGAAAAUCGAGUACGGGUUUUGCGUUCUGAGUGAUGUCAUGAAGAGAGGCUUGGAGCAUGACUUGGUGACGGUUGAUAGUUUGGUGUGUGGUUUGUGUUCUCAAGGGAGAGUAAUAGAUGCAGUUAAGGUGUUCGAUGAAAUGUCCGAAAGAGGGGUUAAGAGUGAUGCGACUCUCUAUGGGACUAUCAUCGGCAAGCUUUGCGGGGCUGGCGAAACGGGCAUGGCUGUGGAUUUGCAUAGAAGGAUGAUGGCUACUGGCUGCGAGGGGAACGCCGUCACUUACGGGUUUAUAAUCAGCUCCUUUGUUAAGAACAAGUCGAUCGAUGAAGCAAUGGCGGUGUUUGGAGAAAUGAAGGUGAAUGGAGUUUCCCCCAACGUUUUGUCUUUUGGAAUGAUUAUCCAUGGUUUGAGUAGCUCGGGGAGGUUGAAGGAGGCGCGUGGAUGUUUCGAUGAGAUGAUUGCUCAAGGGAUCUCUCCCGAUCUCGUUGUUUAUAACUCUCUCAUCUAUGGAUUGUGCCAAGAAAGAAUGUGGGACCAUGUUGCAGAGAUGAUCAAUGAAAUGGUGAGCAGAGGGAUACCACCGGAUGUUUGCACUUACAACACUUUGAUAAGUCGUCUCUGCAAAGACAAUAAGCUGAGUGAAGCGAUUGAUGUGUACGGCUCAAUGAUUGAUAAAGGUCCGGAGCCUAACUUACAGACGUAUAACUCGCUGUUGGAUGGUUUAUUCACAGGGUGUAGGCUUAUAGACGCAACUAAACUGUUCGAGACGAUGAGGCAUGAGGAGAUUGAGCUUAAUGUAGUUACUUACAACAUAAUGAUCAGUGGGUAUUGCAAGUAUGGGAAACUUGAGGAAGCCUUCGAGCUUAUAAGGGAAAUGAACUGUAAAGGAUUGAAGGCAGAUAGCUAUACAUGUAUGUCACUGAUUCGCUUUGUUAACAAAGCUGGAGACACAGAAGUUGCCAAAGAAGUGAUCGAUGUGAUAUGCAAGUCUGAUUGCUCUCUAAACCUACAUCAUUACACUGCUCUAAUUGAUGGUCUGAUUAAAAGAGAAAAAAUAGAUGAAGCAAAAAGACUAUUCGAUCAAAUCUUGCCAGAUGUUGUAGCGUAA